AUGGGAAACCCCUCGAUGCUCACACUGGAAGGGACGCUUCUUCGCGACAAGAAGCUCCAAAGCUCCAACAUCAAUCAUCACCACCCGCAGUCAAACCACCACCACACAAUGGCAGCAGCGACAGCCUCCCCAUUCCCCUUCCCCAGGGAAUACUCCUUCCCCCCCUUCUUCACCCGCCAAACAAACCUAACAACCCACCACGCCCAACUCGUCAAAUGGUCCGACCUAAUCCUCUCCUACUGCCGCCACCACCGCCUCUUCAAGCUCUCCCUCGGCGCCGCCAUCCCCUCCGCCUCCUCCUCCGCCCUCCCGCACGCCCUCCCGAACCACAACGAGUCCUCUCCCCUAAACGAACCGACAACCUUCUCCCCCGCGACCGCAACAUCCUCCGCCGCCGGCGCGCCAGAGGAGCUCUUCCACAACAAGACGCUCAACAAGCGCCUCAGCCUGGCCGACGCGCGCGAAGUCCUCGAGUUCAUGCGCAAGAACGGCCGCGCGGAACCUUUACCGGCCAGCACCGACGUCUUUUGGGUCUACUGGCGCACGCCCGACGAGUGGGCCGCCGCGAUCGAGGGGUGGAUCGACGAGACGGCGCAAAAGGGCGUCGUGCUGACGCUGUAUGAGCUUACAGAGGGCGAGAGUACCAGGGGCACAGACUUCCACGGCCUCGAUCCGGAUCUUCUGUCCAAAGCGCUACAAAUCCUGGUAAAGCGCGGCAAGGCCCAGAUUUUUGGACAAGAGGACUCGCAGGGUGUAAAGUUCUUUUGA